UUACCUCUUCAAUAUUAAAAAUUCCGGGAAAUUAAAAAUGGAAGCUGCACCAGAAAAGAAACGUAAAAUCGAAUCAGACAAUGACCAAGGGGAUAUAGCACCACCGGUAUUGUGCAGUUUUAAAGGUUUUGAUAUUGAAAAAGUAAUUGCAGAAAAUUCCAGAAAUAAGACCACAACUAUCCAUGCAAAAAUGGGGGGAAAAGAUGCAAUAGUGUUGCUUGAAAAGACACCGUUUGACUUGGAUCAUGUUAAGAAAUAUUUGUCAGAUGAUACUGCGCUGAAGAAUACUCUCAAGAAUGACAUUUACGGCACGUACGAAGCGUUUUUACCGCCAACAGAAAAUGCUAUCAAGGCAGUAGUUAUUCACCCUGCUACAGAGAAACAUAUUCAGAAAUACUCUGAUCAGGAGAGGUACAUUAUCAGGGAGACACCAGAACUCUACAGUAAUGUUACACUACCCCUUCUACAAAGCAGGCAAUUUAGUAUGCAGUGGGUUUACAACAUUCUCGAGAAGAAACAGGAAGCUGAUCGUAUUGUAUUUGAAGAUCCGGAUCCUGAAACCGGAUUUAUACUUCUACCGGACAUGAAGUGGGAUAGGAAAGAUAAAAAUGCUCUUUACCUUGUUGGAAUUGUACACAAACAUGAUGUCAGGUCACUGAGAGAUCUGGAUGAUAUGUCUUUACCACUCUUAAGGAAUAUUCUCAUUAAAGGACGGGAGGCAAUCAAGGAAAAGUAUAACAUACCUGCCAGCAGACUUCAUGUGUACAUCCAUUACCAACCUUCUUACUAUCAUUUUCACAUGCAUUUCACACACAUCAAACUUGAAGCUCCGGGGUUUGGAGCAGACCGUGCACAUUUGCUCACUGAUGUUAUAGAGAAUAUAGAAAUGAUGAGCGAGUAUUACAAGAAACGCACACUGACAUUUGUUGUACGUGAACAAGAAGAUUUGUACAUCAAAUACAAAGAAAAUGGGUACUUUGAAAAAGAAUGAUGAAGAUUUUUUAUCUUGAUACCCAUAAUGUUCAAUUUUUCAAUAUAUUGAAAAUUUCAAUAUGAAAAGAGCAGUCAAUAAUGAGCAUAUUAUCGUGCUUAAAUAGAAAGUGAUCACAGCCUGCACAUCCAUGCAGAAGAUCAGGUUCAAUACUUGUGUAGCUAACUAAAUUAAAUUUUUUAUCUUCAUAUUCCAAAACUUGAUAAUGGACAUUUCUGAAAACCGAAGCUUGACAAGUGGAUAUAUGGUAUUCAGCGGGUUAAUGAUAAGUUAACAUCAUCAGGACACAGCUAUGAUCAAGGCUUUGAAUGAAACAUAUUGCAGAAAGACCUAGGGAAGUUGAGAUACAUCUAUUAGUUGAAGUUUGUUAAAGAUCGUAAUUUGUGAUUAUUUUUAGAAAGAUUAUAAUUAUCUUAAAGCUGCUCAUUGAGGAAGCAUGCAAUUGAUAUAUCUAUAUUUUUAUAAAUUUUUAAUGAAAAUGUGUUGCUGAUUUUGAUAAUAAUUUAUAAUAAAAUGGAAC